AUGUUUUUACUCGACUCAUACAUCUCCGGCCUUUCACGCCCUCUGUUACUCCCUCCCUCUCCUCCCAUUUCUCCGCUCUCAUCCCGCAUCUGUACCCCAACCUCUCCCUCGUGGCCUCUCCCCCAUGGUCUCCCCCCAUCUCCGUUCCCAGCAGUGCUGGUGGCAAAGGCCGGCGCGGCAGAAGGAGAGGUGAUCGAGGAAGCUUCCGAGGCGGAGGUGACGGAAACAGAGGCGGAGGACACCGAAGCGGAGGAGACGGCGGAGGAGGAUAACGACGAGGACGACGACGAGGAGGGCGGGGAGGCGGAAGGGGAGGCGGAAGCGGGGGCGGAGGCGGAGGAGGAGGUGGUGAUGCUGCUGUGCGUGCUGAGUCUGGACGACGGCGACGUGCUGCGGAAGCGCAAGAUCUGGCGCCGCAUCGCCGUGCCCGCCGACUUCUCGCUGCUCGAACUGCACGUCGCGCUGCAGGUGAGGUUUGAGUAUAUCGGCGCGCUGCAGAACGCGUUCGACUGGGAGGACACGCAUCUGCACGACUUCACCCAGCCGCGCCGCCACGCGUGGCGCCGCUUGCUCGACCCGGCCGCCGCCCUUGCAGACGAAAUCACCGAUUCCGAGGCCGAAACCGAGGGCGCUACAACCAAACCCAAGCCCACUACAACCGCCGCCGCUACAGCCGCCGCUACAGCCGCCGCGGCCGGCAUCAUCGGAUCUGCUACAUCCGAGGCUGUUCUCCCGCCGCUCCCCGACACGCAGUACCGCGGGUUCGGCCGGACGGAUCUUUCGGCUGUAGCGGAGCUGCUACAGCUGGAUCUGGACUCUCUGCCGCCCGGGUUCACGCGCACGUUCAAGACUGUAGCGGGCGCCAAGGAGGAGGCGGCGGACGAUUUGAUUCUGACGCCGGCCAGUUUGGAUUUGGGCGGCAGUGCUGAGGUGGUGUUUGUGGAGCAUGCUGACGUGGCAGCGGCGGGAGAAGGGAAGGAGGUGGCGGUGCUGACUGGACCUGGCGAGGUGAGGGAGGGGUGUGGGAAGGAGGGAGUGUGGGGAGGGAGGAGAGUGAGGAGGGUGGAGUGGAAUGUGGAGGAGAGGGUCAUGUGUGCACCACCUCACAAUCUCAUUCCCUGUCCCCCUCCUCUGCUUCCCAACCACUUGCUCUCCCUUUUCCUGCCCCACCUCCACUCCCCUCCGUGCUCCCCCCUUCCUGUUUCCCCACUGCUCCCCCUCAUCUGCUCCCCCUCCCAUGCUCUCCCCCUCUGCCCCCCCCCGUCUCCGCCUUUCCUGCUCUCUUCCCACUCUUGCUCCGGCUCCCAUGCUUCCCUUCUCCCUCUCUCCCCUCUCUCUCUUCCAUGCCAGGUGUUGGACGAGAGGGCGUUUGAAGUGGGGGCUGUGUUUUCAAAGACAGACCCUCUGCUGGUCUACCAGUACGACUUUGGGAUGAGCUACGAGGUGCACCUCAUUUUCGAGGGUAAAUUCCCCGCCACCGAGGGGGUGAAUUACCCGACGUGCCUGGCGGGAGCGGGCGCGAGUCCAGCAGAGGACGGCAACGACAUGGAUGACGAGGGCGCGCUGCUGCCCUCAUAUGACUACACCGACUUUGCUGUUCUCGAUGUGCUCGCCAAUUUCGAGAAGACCUUUGAAGACUCAUGGCCUGUACAACCGCGAGUGUGGGCGGGGAGUGCACGGGCAAGUGCUGCGGCUACUGCCUCAAAACCCCGCUUCACCUGCCUGCCAGCUCCAUCCAUCCCCCUGCGCUUCUCCCCUACCCUAACCCACCCUCUCAUCUCCCCUGACCCUGUUCGACUGCACUAUCCCAGGUACAACCGCGAGUGCGGGCGGCGUCGUGAGUGCACAGGCAAGUGCUGCGGCUACUGCCUCAAGACGCCCCUGCACCUGCUUGCUGGCUCCAUCCCCCUGCGGGACGCCGAUGCCGCGUAUGAGAGCGCAGCGCAGAAGCUGCUGCAGGAACAGAGCAAGGCUGCGGAGAGUGCCGAGGCCUAG